UAAUUGUGAGCUAUUUCAAAAUACGGUAGUAAAAUUUAAAGAUCCGGGAAUAGGAACGCACACAGCCGUGCACAUACAAAUACGGAAUAAAUUCCACACACUACGCAGCACUUAUUUUGUUCGGUCUGACGUCAUCACUUGGGCAAAGAUGAAAACCCCCGUGUCCGCCGCUUCCCUAUCCAGUGCGAAUGCAUCGAGCGCCAGUGCUGGAUCGGGCGCCACACCAAUUGUGCCAAAGACGGAACCAGUAGGCAACGAAGAGAGUUCGACGAUGUCGUUGGAUUUCCAAACACCUGGCAUCACCUCAACGCCCAAUGCGAAUAAACGUCCGGGCUUCUUGGACCUGAACAACAAGGCAGCGAAGAACAAACGCAUUAUAGCGCCGCUGGUGAUUAAUUCGCCAGAUCUGCAAGCCAAGACCGUCAACACACCAGACCUGGAAAAAAUACUACUGUCCAACCAUAUGAUGCAAACGCCGCAGCCGGGCAAAGUGUUUCCAACCAAGGUGGGACCGGUUACAUCCGAACAGGAAGCCUUUGGCAAGGGCUUCGAAGAGGCGCUGCAGAACCUGCACACAAAUUCGCAGGCCUUCCCUGCCAGCAAUCCAACCGCCAACCCAACUGUCACUGGCACUACUAUGACGGCAGUGAAUAAUGGCAUCAGCGGUGGGACCUUCACCUAUGCCAACAUGGGCGAGGGCUUCCCUGUCAUCAAGGAUGAGCCCCAGAACCCAGCCGGCUCUCCAACGGUUAGUCCAAUCGAUAUGGAAACACAGGAAAAGAUCAAGCUGGAGCGCAAACGUCAACGGAAUCGCGUUGCCGCAUCUAAGUGCCGCAAGCGAAAGCUGGAACGCAUCUCGAAGCUGGAGGACCGCGUGAAGAUAUUGAAGGGCGAGAACGUUGAUUUGGGCGGCAUUGUGAAAAGUCUCAAGGAUCAUGUGGCGCAGCUGAAGCAGCAGGUCAUCGAGCAUAUGGAAGCCGGAUGCACUGUACCAACUAUUUCGGCGCCAGCCUUGCUGUCGGGCAAAUAACAUAUGGACACACCUGAGGAGCCGUUUACGUUACCAGCAGAGAGGGAGGAUGAUGAGCAGAUGGAUUUGAUGACAGAUUUGGGACCAGACAGUAUCGAGGAUCAGGCUAUAAAUCCAGAACUCUUGGAACAGGGAAUACCCUUGAAACUCUUUCUAAGAGCAACAACAAGUGCGCCAGAGCUCGAUGACUUAUCGCCAGCCCCAUCGCUGUCAGGAAACGAUCUGCUGGGUGUCGUCAGUGUAGAUAAAUCGGAAGACGGAGACGGUGCUAAUCGGCCCGUGGUCCUGUUCAUAGUGACAGACAAUGGCUGCGAUCCACCGGUUGCGAGUUAAGGAUCCGGAUGUGGUUGGAUCCCUGGAGUGCCUUUGCUAAUCUUUUAUUUCUUUGCAACGUGAAAUGGCUUUGACUUUGCUGCAAUACUAUACACAAAUGCUUUUUAAGUGUUUUCGUUUACUUAGUUUUAGCUUAAUGUUCAAGUAAAGUAUUAUCUGUGUUGAUUGUAAGAUAAUAUAAUGUCAAAUAUAAAUAUA